CGCUCGCUCGCGGGUCUUGGCGCCUCCGGGCCUGACGCGCUGCAGCCGCCUGUCCGCGGCGGGCGGGGAGGCCCCGCGCCACCCCAAGUUCGGAACCCGCAGCCCCUCGCUGCACGCCCUCGGUUCCCCGCCCGACAGCUUUCCCUGCGCGGGCCGCGUUGGGCCGCCCCGUCGCGCCCUCAGCUCUGAGCUCAAGUCACCGAGGAGCGCGGACGCCGCGCCCCGCAACUUCCCACCGCACACUGGAAAUAUGGGAUGUAUAAAAUCAAAAAGCAAAGACAAUCUGAAUGACGAUGGAAUAGAUUUGAAGACUCAACCAGUACGUAAUACUGACCGAACUAUUUAUGUGAGAGAUCCAACGUCCAAUAAACAGCAAAGGCCAGUUUCAGAAUCUCAACUUCUACCAGGACAGAGGUUUCAAACUAAAGAUCCAGAGGAGCAAGGAGACAUUGUCAUCGCCUUGUACCCCUAUGAUGGCCUCCACCCAGAUGACUUGUCUUUCAAGAAGGGAGAGAAGAUGAAAGUCUUGGAGGAGCAUGGGGAAUGGUGGAAAGCAAAAUCCCUUUCAACAAAGCGAGAAGGUUUUAUCCCCAGCAACUACGUAGCCAAAGUCAACACCUUGGAAACGGAAGAGUGGUUUUUCAAGGAUAUAACCAGGAAAGAUGCAGAAAGACAACUUCUGGCACCAGGGAACAGUGCUGGAGCCUUUCUGAUCAGAGAAAGUGAAACUUUAAAAGGAAGUUUCUCUCUGUCUGUCAGAGACUAUGACCCUGUGCAUGGUGAUGUUAUUAAGCACUACAAAAUCAGAAGUCUGGACAAUGGGGGUUAUUACAUCUCUCCACGAAUCACUUUUCCUUGUAUCAGUGAGAUGAUUAAACAUUACCAAAAGCAGCCAGAUGGUUUGUGCAGAAGACUGGAGAAAGCAUGUAUUAGCCCCAAGCCACAAAAGCCUUGGGAUAAAGAUGCCUGGGAGAUCCCACGGGAGUCCAUUAAGUUGGUGAAAAGACUUGGUGCCGGACAGUUUGGGGAAGUCUGGAUGGGUUUCUAUAAUAAUAGUACGAAAGUAGCUGUGAAGACCCUGAAGCCAGGCACUAUGUCUGUGCAAGCUUUCCUGGAGGAAGCAAACCUCAUGAAGACGCUUCAGCAUGACAAGCUGGUGAGGCUCUAUGCUGUGGUCACCAAAGAAGAGCCCAUCUACAUCAUCACUGAAUACAUGGCCAAGGGCAGUUUGCUGGAUUUCUUGAAGAGUGAUGAAGGGGGGAAAGUGCUGCUUCCAAAGCUCAUUGACUUCUCUGCUCAGAUCGCUGAGGGAAUGGCAUACAUCGAGAGGAAGAACUACAUUCACCGGGACCUACGGGCAGCUAAUGUCCUGGUCUCUGAGUCACUCAUGUGCAAAAUUGCAGAUUUCGGUCUUGCUCGAAUAAUUGAAGACAACGAGUACACAGCAAGGGAAGGUGCUAAAUUCCCCAUUAAGUGGACAGCUCCAGAAGCCAUCAAUUUUGGAUGUUUCACUAUUAAAUCUGAUGUUUGGUCCUUUGGAAUUCUCCUGUAUGAAAUCGUCACCUAUGGAAAAAUACCCUAUCCAGGGAGAACAAAUGCAGAUGUGAUGACCGCCCUGUCACAAGGCUACAGGAUGCCCCGCAUGGAAAACUGCCCAGAGGAGCUCUAUGACAUCAUGAAAAUGUGCUGGAAAGAAAAGGCAGAGGAGAGGCCGACAUUCGACUACCUGCAGAGCGUCCUGGAUGAUUUCUACACGGCCACAGAGGGCCAGUAUCAGCAGCAGCCUUAAAGCCAGGAAGAGUGAGAGCCGCACACAGGACCACUGCCUUAUGACUAAAGGAAAAAUAACAACCACUGGUUGCACUAGUUAUCCAUGUGCUGGGAUCACCUGCCACCCUCCUUCCUGGAAGUGAGGCUACAUUACUCAGGAAGAGCAUGUUGGAUGUAGAAAAGUGUUUCCAUUGCCUGACAAUGCUCAGACUGUCCCCACCGGCAGUCUUGUUUCGCUGGACCAACAUCUGACAACCUUCUGAGAGAAAACACCUCUACUAUCCAAAAUGCACCCCCUGUGAUCCCUUGUUUACAAUUGGACAUGUAACUCAAAGGCUCAGAGACUCAGAGACCAUUUUAAUCAAUUUCAAAUAGCAGCAGAACUGGACCUACCUAUGAAACUAGGGUAACAGAGGCCUAUCUGGACACUGCUUUGUAUUCUUCUAUGCUUUGGCUUCUUUGUUUAAAAAUUACUAAUCCAACCUAGUAGGUGAAGUCAGAAACUUAGAAAUGUUUUUUCCAGAUUUUAGCGAUUGCUCCUCCUAAAAUCUGAAGCUGUUAAAUACUUUCUUCUCCGGUGAGAGAUGGCAGGCAGCCUUGGCCUCCUGCUCUGCCCCUGAGAUGCUGCCUGCUGUUACCUGUGGGACCGACUGCCAGGGUUUCGCCCAGACCACCCAGGAGACAGAAGAGCCUCCGAAAAUGCUCUCCCUUGAGAAAAAGCCUUUUUAAUGAUCCAACUUUUCAAUGCCACAAUUUUCUACUUACAGAAUUUUGACAAUGUAGUCUGGAAGAAUAGUAAGAGUGUAAUCUCUGCAGAACCUAAUAGGCCCUUCUAAAAUGAGAAUUUUCUAUAUUGCUUCAAAUGAUUUGAACAUUGUCUUAAUGAUCAAAUAUUAACUUUAGUUGCCUAAUGGAAAGUAAAAAUGUCAUAUUUGGGAUUAUUUUUGUGACUCAGCAAUCUUUUCUAAAUUGUGCAAGAUGGGUUGUGAUACUAUUUAUACAUGGAUAUGAAGGAAAAUGAGAUUUUAAGACUCAGAUGAGCCACUGUGCAAAGGAUACAAGAGAUUUUGUUUACUAAAUUUUUCUACUGUAAGCUUUGAAACUGCUUAUAUCACAUGUUUCUCUUAUGCUGUCAUGUAUAUAUCUAAUAUUUCUAUUUUUUGAUUUUAUUUUAAUAUACCUGGCCCCCCAAAAUAAUCUCAAGCUUUUUACUUAUGGUUAAGAUUUUUAACUAUGAUGAAAGUAAAACUGAGGACUAU